UGUACAUUUUCUACGAUGGGUCUGACAUUUCUGCUGUUGUUCCUAGUGGUGAUUUUUGUUUAUGGCGGUGACAUUUCAAACUGCCCAGCAAAUCUCCACCAAGGCACCACUCUGAAGGCCUACCAAGGCCAUUGUUACGAAUUCAGGAUCCACCGGGCCGUCGACUUUCACCAAGCAGAGGGUGACUGCAAAUCAAGAGGGGGUCAUGUGGUUGCCGUUAACAAUAUGGACGAACAGAACUUCAUUUUGUCCACAUUAAAGUCCUUUUCUUUCCAUGGCCAUGGUGUGUGGAUAGGGCUUACUGAUGGUCAAGUAGAGGGAAAGUGGACGUGGACCUCAGGCUUCCUGUUGGACGCCGAGGAAGACUGCACCAUCAUACUGAACUCUGACGUCACGGGUCACUGGGACGAUAUACCCUGUGUAAAGCAGGACCCACUGGGACUGGUUCAUCAACAUUAUCCUUAUGUCUGCGAGUACUUGCAAGAAACAGCAACAGCCAGUACUGAUACCUCUCCAACUUCCCCUUCAGCAUAAAGUAUAAUUAUAAAUACCAUCGACUUCCAUUAAAUUAUUUUUCUGAAGGAAUUUUUACUAUUCGUGUGAAAUACAUCUAUCCUAAACUAAGUAUUCAAAAAUGAAUUUUAAUUGAGCUGCAAUCUAUGGUAUUUUGGGAUCUGUACAAAUAUUGAAUACAUUUCUAUACUAAGUUUAGUGUAAAACUUCUGGCCAAGAUUGUUUAAAGUUCAAUUAGAUUUCAGCACUAAAGUGUCUUUUCUGUGAAACAAUACGUGUAUUGCAAUACAUAUCGUGUGAAAAAGAGAUUAUUUUUAACGUCAAAGGAACUUUCCAUUCACGAAGAAUCACGAAAUCUUGAAAUCAAUGUCACGGGAAAUCGGGUGAUGCAUUUUACUUCAUAUGUUCAAAUAUUUACGUUAGGGUGUACUUCUUUUUUGUUUGCUUCCAGGGUAUUUAAAUGCAAAAUGAUAUCGUUUGGAAUUCUAAUGAAUAUUGCAUUACCUAA